AUGAUAUUGGCUUUGCUUUUACUUGGGCAUAUUAUAAGAGCCGAUAUAUUCGAUGGGGUGAACUUGGAAAAGGUUCUAAGUGAAGGCUUGAAAGGCGGAGGCAGCGGGAAGUCGGGGCCCGAUAGCGCUUCUCUCUCUCUUUCUUCAAAGAAAGAAGGAAUGUCCUCUGCCUCUAGUCCCGCAUCCUUUUCCUCAUCUAUACCAUCCAUGAGCCAGGCCUCAAGCUCGACAGUAGCUUCGGUAAAGAAGAGUGGAGAGGAGAUGCCAAUUGUUAUAAUAACUCAAGAGAGUCCUAAGGACAAAGGAAAAGGCAAGGGAGGAAAAGAACAGGAGGAGGAGAUAGCUAGUAUUGUGAAGAACGCAAUAAAGGGUACCAAGUCCAAUGGACUUUCAACAGAGAAAAGAGAGGAGGAGGACGGCCAAGGAGAAUCUAAUUACGAAGAAUUUAAAGAGGAGUCAGAUAAAUCGAAAAGAAAAGAUAAGCCAAGCAUGAUCAAUAAUUCCUUUUCUCCCAUGAUGGCAAAAGCGGUUGGGAACAGCAGUGACUUAGAUUCCUAUUGGACAACGGUUAUAGUCGAUAAUAAGUUGAAGAAAGUCAAAGUAAAUGUUAAGGUUAUGACUGUUGUCGAGAGCAUUGGGGAAGCUGCGCCAUGCUCCAAAGAUGGAGAUGUAAAAGAGAAAUCGAAAUUUUGGAGCAAGCCUGGUGAGAGCUCUAAGAGCAGAGAAAUCCCUUCAACGGUCUCUGUCGCCUAUAAAAAGGAUGAGAUGAAAACAUCUCAAGAUAGUAAGAGUUCUUCAAAAAGCAACAGCGAUGAAAAAACAAAGAAGACUGCAGAGGCUUCAAGGUCUGUUGAGCCUGAAAUAAUCCCGUCCGUGAUCUCAUCUGGAAAAGGCACCGAAUCUAAAAAAGAGUCGGAAACCUUAAGUGCAUCUAAGCCUCUUUCUUCCAGUAUAUCUCUAAGCGUUAGUGCGUCUAGGAAGAGCAACGAUAGUGAGUCGGCAAGCUCAAAAUAUCGAAAGUCAGCAGAGUCCGUGAAGACAUCAACAACAUCUACUAAGGAGAAAUCAUCAAGUAAAGAGACAGAGAGUAAGAGCACACCGGGAAUAAGCACAAAGGAAGACAGUAAGAAGGGGAACUCCAGUACAGUAAUGUCCAAGAGCCAGUCUUUAGCAAAAACUUUUUCUUCCAUAGCUACUGUGUCUCCGUCUGUUAAGAGUAAGAAGAAAUCCUCGUCUUCCCAAGGCUCGGCAUCCAAGGAAUCCAGCUCCACCGUAUCUAUCGGACAGAAGAAGUCAAAGGAAAUGACCAAGGACGCCAAAAGUAUUAGCGUUUCGAAAUCCGAGAAGGAAGAUAAGGCAGAAUCAGGGAAAAAAGAAGUCAAUCCCGAAAUGAAUGAGCUUUUCUAUGUUCUUAAGAAUAUGCCUGGAAAAGUCAAUAUAAGUAAGUCAGGAGGGAAAAUGUUUGUGGAAGGAAACUUUGUUGCUCCAAAGGAAGAGAAGUUGAAGGACAAGAAGUUCCAGUUCUCAGGAUACAUCCAGGCGGCACAUGCUUGA